AGAGAAAAACAUUUUAGCGUUUAAUUAUGAUUAGCGAUUAAUUAAUUUAAAUCGAGAGACAAACCAAAACGGCAAAGUGUUCAAAAUGGAAAAUCCAAACAUUUCUUAUUGUGAUAUACUCAAGUGUCUUCUGUCAUACUUUUGCGAUUUAAAAUUUAUUGGAUUAGUAUUGGCUUGGUUGGCAGUAAUCGGUUUUUGCCAAUAUGUAUUUCAAAGCGCAACAGCUACAUAUAUCUGUGCAGUUUUAUAUGCAAUCGGAUUUUUUCUCAGAGUUUGUUGGCUUUCUGGAAUUAAUGAGAACCGACCAGGUUUUUUGAUUGCAAAUGUUGUUAACAGUGCCUUUGGGAUCAUUAUUUUGUACAUUUGUGUGAUUUGGCUAUUUUUUGUUUUGAAAGCUAAAGAUGAGCAAAAAUGUGAAGCCAACAUUUUUCUUUUGGUUUGCCUAAUUUAUUCAGUUAUUAUGACUUACAUUUGGACCCUGAUAUAUUCGAAAUAUAAAAAAAGCAGAGAUACUCUUGGAUCGACUGGCCAUGAAGAAUCGUCAGCAUGAUCAUUACACUUUACUCGAAUGAAAUGAAUAUAAAUAAAUUUUCAAUCAUAUUUGAACCAAAAAUGUAACUCAAAUUCGUUGAAAUUGAAUAAAUUUAUACAGAUUUUGGUGAACGUUUCAA